AUGGCUUCACAUGACGUCAUACAAAUAUUCCAUGAAUAUCAUCAAGAGACACACGAAUGGAAUUACAGAAAGCUUCAGACCAAGUCAAUACUAUCCCUAAAGAUGGAGGACUGGAUGACGAGUCCUCCAUAUGUGAAUCAGACGGAGGAACAAUUUGGCGACAUCCAAUGGCAAGCACAAUGUCAAUGCCAGCGAGUUCGAUAUGAAAUAAGUAGAAAACAGCCACUGGAUGCCAAAUUCUGCCACUGUCGAGGCUGUCAAAUACUACACGGAGCGCCAUUCCAAUGGGCAGCCAUAUUUGAAAAAUCCGAUAUCAGGUUUGUGAGUGGUCAUGGAUGGCUGGAUUUUUAUAACAGUAGUUCGAAAGAACAGGGCCAUAACCUGCCGUGCAAGGUCUCGUGCUCAUACUGUCACUCCCUGAUCAUGGAUGAAGGGAGACAUGUUAUCCUACUUUUCCCGGAGCUGAUCAGGAACGACGCUGAGGCAGACGGUGACAAGAUGAGGAGGAUGUUUUAUCCUAGCUGCCAUGUAUUUUACGAGCAGAGAGUAGUUGAUAUUCCAGAUGGAAGGCCCAAGUGGAAAGGCAUGAACGGCACCAGCGAGCUGAUGGAAGAUUAA